CGCAGCUUCGUCCGGGCGGAAGUCAGUGAGUGCGGCAGUCGCCAGCGGAAACGGAAGUGCAGAAAAGCCCGAGCGGCUGGCCGUGCAAACUGUUGCUUUGCCGUUGUGUUGGUGUUAGUGUUGGUAUCGCCGUAUCGUCGUAUAGCCACAUCGUUGUGUCCGUGUGCUUGUCUUGGUGGCAUUGUUGGCAUUGUUGGUGUUGGACAAUUAGCAAAGUUGCUAUAACAGACCGAAUUAUCCGACAAAUUUAAUGAAAAUGGUAAACAUUAAACAGUAAUGCGGCACGCGAAGUAAAAGUGAGUUUCAGUCUGUCUCAGUAUCUCUGUGUUUUAAAGUGUGUGUGCGUGACUGUGUGUGUGUGUGUGCGUGGCGCUGUGUGUGGCGCUUUGUAAGCUGCGAUUUGACAUGUUGAUUUAUGCGCUGCUCUCACUUUGCCCCCCAAACGGCAAUUGCCACCCACAGCCACCCCCACACACACCAACUGGGAUUACCCGUGUCCUGUGUCUCUUUUAACACCAUUUCGUUCCUAUUUCACGGCGGCACUUGUUGCGCUCUCAGGACACUCGCUUAAUUGCUAAUCCUCGCGCCCAGACGCGUCUAAUUACACACCGGAAAUGGCGCAGCAACAACGCAGCUGGGAUGAGGGAGCUGUCGGCGGAGGAGGAUCCUAUGGCCAUCCCCACUCCUCGCACCACAAAGUUCCGGCACGGGCCUCCAGCAAUCCGCUGCCCUGCAAGGGAGCCACUCCCAAGCUGCCCAGGCCGUACCACGGUGCUCCGUCGCCGGGCUACAGUUAUGGCGGAUACGAGACGCCAAGGAGCCCCAAGAUCACCACCACCUUUGCCCAGGAUAGUUGCGAUGAUGCGAGUAGCUCCACGCCCAGCUCGUACUACCAGACGCCUCCCUCGGGAUCAAUAGAUGACUCCGCCUCCUUGCUCAGUGGCCGCACCACGGCCCGCAGCCCCAAGUCCCCCUGUCAAUUCGUCUUCGAUGCAGUGAGUCCCAGUCACGGUCGGAAGUUCGAGUACUACGAACCCAUCUCACCCGACGACGGAGCCCUUUACUACGACCCACCCAGUUCGCCACGCCGCCAGGGAUCCAAGAAGCUGAUGCGGACAAAGACCCCGCUGGAUGCGGUUCCCCAAUUAACCACCACGGGGGUGGAUGAGAGUAUGGCGGUGGCCAUGGCAAUCGGAGGAGGGGGAGGAGGAGGAGCAGGUGGCUAUGUCCAAGGAGUACAGAAUAAGCGGCAGCGGGAUGAAUGGGAACUGCCGGUGAUCAGCAAGAUCGAGGCCAGGAACCUCAGUGCAGCCGCAUCCGCAGCAGGAGCCGGAUCUGGAGCAGGAUCGGCGGGAGGCAACUACUACGGCCUGAAGCGCGACUCCUGCGUCACCGACUGCACCCAGCUGUCCAUGGAGUCCGGCGAGACGGGCACGCAGCACACGAACAGCACCAUGGUCACCCACACCACCACCAGCUUCAGCUUCACGGAGCCGGACAUGGAGAUGGAGCAUGCGGAGCAUGCCGGCCGGGCGCCAUCGCACCGCCAGCGUCGCCAUGCCAUCAACAUCACCUCGAAUCCCGGCUACCAGGUGCUCCACAGCUCGCACUCCACGCUGGACCGCACCUGCUCGGACAGCGUGGUCUCGCUGCGCUACCGCAAGUCCACCAGUGACCUGACCCAGGAUGCCGACCACGAGCUGAGUGGCUGCAAGCCGCCGAAGCCGAAGGCCCACGUGGAGCACAAGCCGCGCCGCCGCGGCAGUUCCAAGGGCGGACUGGCCUACCUGGCCAGCCGGCGCAGCUCCCGCGAGUCGAUGAAGAGCGCCUGCUCCAACGCCUCCAUCGUGUCCAACGACGACGUCGGCCCACUGGCCUUCCAGAGCUCUAAUCGCGGUCGCCAGCGCAGAACAUCCAAUUUUCUGGAGUUGCCAGUGCCCGACCAUGUGCGACCGCGCGUCUGCUCCCUGCCAGAGCGGCCGUACAAUCCGCGGGCCAGCGACGACCUGUACCGCCUGCGGCACUUCUCCAUCAGCAAGGGCAACGUGGUCAACUGCGGCGACUCCAUCAUCUCGCGACGGUCGCGCAGCAACACCAGCGUGAACUCGACGAACAGCCGGGCCAGCGAGCGGUCCCCGUUCGAGGGCAGCUGCUGUGGAGCGGGCUACGCCAACGUGGACUCUCUGCCGGCGACGCCGGACGACUCCGAGACCCUGGAUCCGCCGCCACCGGCCCGCUACCGCGUCGUGAUGCUCGGCGAUGCCGGGGUGGGCAAGACGGCACUGGUGAACCAGUUCAUGACCUCCGAGUACAUGCACACCUACGACGCCAGCUUGGUUCUAGAUGACGAGUUCGGGGAGAAGACGGUGAGCGUGUUGCUGGACGACGAAGAGUCGGACAUGGUCUUCAUCGACCAUCCCAGCGUGGAGAUGAGCGUGGAGAACUCGCUGUCCACCUACGAGCCGCAUGGCUGUGUGGUUGUCUUCUCGGUGGUCGAUCGCAGCUCGUUCCGCGUCGCGGAGGAAAUCAUCAACUACCUGUGGCAGGAGAACUACACCAAGGACAAGGCCGUCAUCCUGGUGGGUAACAAGGCGGACCUGGCCCGCGCCCGCCUUAUCACGUCGCAGGAGGGCAAAACCCUGGCCGCCUCACGCGAUGCCAAAUUUAUUGAGACGUCCAGCGGCAUACAGCACAACGUCGAUGAGCUGCUCGUUGGAAUAUUGAAGCAGAUGCGUCUGAAAGAGAAGCGCGAGAAGAAGGCCACCGCCUCCAAGAUGAAGACUUCUCGCACCCACAUAUCGCUGCACUUGGCCAAGGAACUGCUGCAGAAGAUCUGCCUCAGCGACAUCUCCAAGUCGAAGAGCUGCGAGAAUCUGCACGUGCUGUAAGGAUACAAAGAUGUCCCACCAGCGAACUCCAGAUGUCUUCUUCCUGGCGAAAUUCCACGACGAAAUUAUGCCACAAAACUGUAUACAAAAGAGAAUUUUAUCAAAAGCGGUUGGCGGGCGAAAUAUUCCGAAUGCCAUUCAGAUUGGACCGCAGUAAACGGGCGAGGGGAUGUCUUCAUCUCCUUUGUUGUGCUCCGUUUAUUAAAAGUUUAGUGCCGGGUCUCGUUUUUUUUAUUUCGCCAAGUCAUGUGGCUGUGGUCAGGCCUCCAGAUUCGGCGAUAGUCAGCUUUUUUAUGGCGUACUUUUUGGUCCGGCUUAUCGCAGUCAGACACACCUCCUCCAACUCGAGUUGGAUGGCAAAGGCCGGACUGAUAAGCGCUGAAUCAAUGAUCCAAUGAUCCAACGACCCAGCAAUUCCAACCCGAAAUAAAACCCGCUGAAAGAGAGCGGGGCCAUAUUACCAUACAUAUUUAGGUGUAUAUUUACAUGCGUACUUGCAUAUACAUAUAUGUGUUCCAAUGCGAAAAAAAAACUUCAAUUCCAAUAAUGUGCUGUCAAUUGAACGCUACGAAACGCUUAAGGAGCAGCCCCUCGCGAGACGAGAGAAACUUUAUAGAUGUUGAUUUAUGUAUACACAUAGAGGCCAUAAGCAUAAGCAUCAUAUAUACACGUGACCUAUAUCGGAUAAGUUUAAAGUCUAGGCUAGGGUUACUAAUCGCUCCACCUGCUUCGCAAAGAAAUUCUUCCAAUUGACGAAAAUCUCAUAUCGGAAUGACUGUUAAAUGUUGACUGUUGUUAGUCUAAGCCAAGAACAAAUACCAUUUAAUCAAAGUAUUGUACUUCACUCAGACGUUACUACGAGAGUAUAUAGAUGUUUAUAUUUACGUGUACCUAUAUUUACCAUAUAUUUAAAGACAAAGAUACAUAUAUAUACUUUAUAUUUACGGCCGUGCUCGGAUGAAACUUCUAACACUUCUAAACUCAUACGCUUAUAUUUGAAAAAUACCUUUUACAAAAUGCGAAAGGCAAGCAAAAACUAACGUAACUCUAACUAUUUUCAUACGCAAUCUUACACAUUAGAGGGGGAAUGCGAGGAUUCCAAAUGGAUUGGAGGAUUGAAGGCCUUCCAGUGAGUCAGGAGCAGUGUGUGGCCAACCGGCUCGUGCAAAGUCGAGCACUCGACGGCCGUGCACUCAUGUUUGCUCUACCCUAAAAAACCCUUCCUUCCGCCUCACGUCCUCUCCUUUCCGUCGAGUGCACUUUAUUAUUUUUAACAUUUAACAAACAAAACAGAAAGUUGCUACGGCGAAAGUUUUAAUUUGCAGCGCAAUGCCUGGCUGGCUGGCAAAUUCGAAUAUUUUCAGCCGCACUGUGGCCAUCUGCAUCGCGCAUACGCCGCGUACGCCAGGGUCGGGGCUUUAAUUUGAUUUGCUAAUCAAAUCGCCAAGAUACGAAACCAAAAUCGAAUCAGAGCCAGCUAUAAAACUCCCACCGAAUUUAUUGUGUAACGCCAUUAAAUAACAAUGUAUUCUAAAUGAGAUUUUACUGCUACCAUUUAAACAUAACAAAACAAUUGGCUUAAAGCGUAGCUCUAGAGAUAUCCAACCAUAUUCUUAUAUAUAUAUAUAAAUGUGUAAAGAUCGAUGUAUAUUUAUAUUUUUCCAAGGCCGUGCUAAGGCAAAGCAAAGCGGACUAUACAACUGAAGAUAACCCUCAACAAAGAAGAAAGAUUUUGUGUUGCAUAGUAUAAUCCACAGUUGUACGCUUUUGCCCGUCACCGAGAUGAGGCUGCAGAAAAAGCAAAUUAAUUAGAGUACACGGAGAUAAAAUCCGAUUUCUUAUUUCGUGUGUAUAACAUUUCUCCCUCUGCCUAUGACCAUGACUCUGACUCUGCCUCUGAGUUUCCCCUCCUCGACUCGAUCUCAUCACCCGAUAAAUAAAGGACAAGGACGCUCUGUAACUAA